AUGGAACAAUGGCAAUCAAACUGGCUGCCCCAGCUGACCUGUUCACUACGACUGAUUGUCACCAUCUGGCUCAAUCAAGCACAGGCAGUCUUUCAUGUACCGCAGACCAGCACCGAAGCUUCGCCCCUCCCCCUGUCGUCGUCGACCCGGGAUGUGGGCAUAAAUCCCCGCCGUCUCGAACCCAACGCAAGUGUGUACGACCUAACAGCAACGUGUAUCACCCAACACAUCUGUUUCGGGCCCAACACUGGUGUCUACAACCCAACACCGACAUUUUGA